CUAACCAUAAUUUUAACCCAACAAAGUUGUAAUUUUAUUUUUGUGGAAAAAAAGAAUAAAUAUAUUAGAAUAUAUUAGUUAUAUUAUAAAAAUGACUGUUCAUAACAUAUACAUUUUUGAUAAACAAGGCAGUCUGUUAUUUUAUCAAGAAUGGAAUAGGUUGAAAAAUUCAGGAAUGACUAGAGAAGAGGAAGCUAAAUUAAUGUAUGGAAUGUUAUUUUCAUUGAAGUCGUUUGUAAAUAAGAUUUCUCCGUUGGAUACUAAGGAAGGUUUCUUGUACUACAAAACAUCAAAGUACACUUUGCAUUAUUUAGAGACCCCAUCUGGUUUGAAGUUUGUUUUAAAUACAGAUAAUCAUUCCCAAGGAGUGAGAGACUUGUUACAUCAAAUAUAUAAAGAAAUUUUUGUGGAAUAUGUAGUGAAAAAUCCACUGUGUAGUUUGAACGAACCCAUCCAAUCAGAAUUAUUUAAAACUAAGUUAGACGCUUAUAUAAAACAGUCCUCUGUGUACCUGACAAAGUCAAUGUAAUUAUUAUUAUAUUAGUUGUUAUUCUAUUUAUUUUGUGUUUAAAAUAUAUUUAAGUAUGUUAUGUACGUUUUGUAAUUUUCAUUAAUAAAGAUAUUUAUUUUACAGAC